UUGUGUCGCUUUUGUAAACGUCAUCACGCAGCGACGCAAUAUUUCCUCUCACGACACGUUCGUAUUGAAGAAAAAUAAAGACAAACAUUAGUUGUCUAACAUGAGAAGUUAAACUUAGUUUAUAGCCCAGUUUAGUCACAAAUAUGUUUUUGUUUUACGUUUACCGCCAACAUGAUAACUAAGGCGAAGUCCACAGUGAGUUCAUAAACGACUGUGCUGCGAUGUUCAACGAUGCCACAACUCUUCGACAUCACGUUUCCAGCAGGAUGUAACACUCUCCCUGAAGGUUUCUGGGCGGCUGUGGGUGUGUGGAUAAAAAAGCCCCAUGUUGUGAACAAGCGUCUGUGCGGAGUGAAAGAGACAGACGGGGAAGACGCGGACGGAGCGGAGCUGCGCCCGCUGCUCAGUGACCCCGUCCUCCGCUCGGAGCUCCCCGGUGACGUGUUGACCUCCAUCACCUGUGGAGCUUCACCUGCACAGACACACGACGAGCACAAAGCAUUCUCCUCUACUGUCAGAAGAAUUGUCCCCAAAAUAAACUCCUAUGGGGAAAUCCUGCACAAAGAUGUGGUCCUGAAAGACUUUGACAGGCAGAAAGUGACCUUUGUUCCAUAUGAAGAGGACGCAGACGGACGAGUGUCUUUAAAAAAGGGCAACAUUUAUCAGAUUCAGCUCUGCAGUCAAGACUGUAAUGAUUGGUCCUUGAAGCUGUGUGCCUUGGAUCCAGAUGCGUGGUUCUCUGACGGUGUGAUUUACCCCAAACUGCCCUGGCUGGGCUCAGAACUGCUGCCUAAACUGGUGCGCUGGGCCACCGAGAGCAGGAGCGGUGAGUUCAGGAGCACCUUGUCUCUGCUGCCGGUGGAGAAGUACAGCCUCAUGUACCAGCAGCUGAAGGACAAGUACAAGGCCAUGGUGAAGGUUUGGCCUGAAGUGACAGAUCCUGAGAAGUUUGUCUAUGAAGAUGUUGCUAUCGCUACAUACCUUCUGGUGCUGUGGUCUGAGGAGCGAGCACAGAAAGGCCUGACCUGCAGGCAGUCUUUUGUAGACCUCGGCUGUGGAAACGGCCUCCUGGUUCACAUACUAACCAACGAAGGGCAUCCUGGAAAAGGCAUCGACCUUCGUAGGAGGAAGAUCUGGGACAUGUACGGCCCCCAGACUCUGCUUGAGGAAAAGGCAAUUACUCCCAGCGAAAGCUUCUUAUUCCCGGAUACAGACUGGCUGAUUGGGAACCACUCGGACGAGCUCACACCGUGGAUCCCCGUCAUCGCAGCCAGGUCCUCGUACUCCUGCCGCUUCUUCGUCCUUCCCUGCUGUUUCUUCGACUUCUACGGAAAAUACCAGAGACGCCAGUGCAACAGGUCUCAGUAUAAAGAAUACAUCGACUUUGUGGCGGAGGUCAGCCAAGAGUGCGGUUUCAGCACCGAAGAGGACUGUCUGAGGAUCCCCUCCACCAAACGGGUGUGUUUGGUAGGAAAGUCCAGAAAUUACCAGGCGUCCGCCGAAGCAGAGGCAGAGCUGCGCAGAGCUCAUUACAUCCAGAGCCGCCAAACAACCUCUGGGGUCGCAGUUCAAGAGUCAGACAGGACGGCCCACGUGACGGGCGGCUGGGGAGCUGGCUUCCAGCCCCGAGACAAGGUCGAAGCGGUCCGAAACUGCGCCACCCUCCCCCGGGACGUUGUCGACGGAGUGGUCCUGCGCGUUGCUAAUGUUCUUCUGCAAAUGACUGAGGAUGAUGGCAGGAGGUCCUCCAGUGACUGGAACCAAGGAGGCAGCCUCUCUGUGAGCGAGGUGGCCGGGCUGCUGCAGCAGGAGACGCUGCAGCUCCUGAAGAACGAGUGCGGAGGCCUCCAGACGCUGCUCAGGAACAACCACCAGGUCUUCAAAGUGGAGGCAGGAGCGGUGCACAUCAGGGACUGGCGGGACAAGACGUCCUCGGCGGCAGACGCCAAGCGGAAAUCCGUGGCGCCCGGCGCGCUGAAGACCCGCGGCUGCUGGUUCCACGCCCACCAUCCUCAGGGCUGCCCUCUGCCGGCCCAACGCUGCGCCUUUGCUCAUGGGCCGGAGGAACUCAGGCCGUCCGCCGGACCUCUCAGGAAGAGGAAGUGUGAUGCUUUCUCAUUUUCCACCUGAACAUUCAAGUCCAUUUAUUUAUUCAUUCAUUCAUUUUAAAACUACAUUUUUGAGUGACUGGAGGUGAAAUAACACCAGAACCAACAAGAACAAGAGGUUUGUUUACAUGUUUUUGAGUUUCUUUGCUGAGUCGGAUCUUCUGUUCAGAAGCGGAUGCCGCUUCAUAUUAAAGCUAAAGCUAAAGCUCUC